AUGUCUGGAAUCAAAAUUGAGGAGGUUAUAUCCACCACAAAGAAGGAACGUGUAGCAGCUCACAGCCAUGUGAAGGGGCUCGGACUUGAUGCCGACGGCGUAGCAAAGCCGACUGCAGAUGGAUUUGUCGGACAAGUUAAAGCCCGUGAGGCCGCUGGCAUUGUGGUGGAGCUGACACGAACGAAGAAAAUGGCGGGUCGUGCUCUGCUCUUUGCAGGGCCCCCGGGAACCGGAAAGACGGCACUGGCGUUGGGUGUGGCAAAAGAACUCGGGCCAAAAGUUCCAUUCUGCCCGAUGGUUGGUAGUGAAGUGUACAGCGCGGAGGUGAAGAAGACGGAGGUUCUCAUGGAAAACUUCCGCCGGGCGAUUGGACUGCGUAUCAAGGAGCAGAAGGAGGUGUACGAAGGUGAGGUGACGGAACUGCGUGCAGAGGAAACGGAUAACCCGCUUGGAGGGUAUGGAAAGUCCAUCUCACACGUCAUUGUGACGCUCAAAUCGGUCAAGGGCUCCAAGCAGUUGAAGCUUGAUGCCGCAAUCUACGAAAGCCUAGAGAAGGAGAAAGUGGCGGUUGGUGACGUCAUCUACAUUGAGAGUAGCACAGGCGCCGUCAAGCGCGUGGGCCGAUCGGAUGCCUAUAUUGGGGACCACGACCUCGAGGCUGAUGAGUAUGUUCCGCUUCCUAAGGGCGAUGUUCACAAAAAGAAGGAGAUUAUACAAGACGUAACGCUUCACGAUCUCGACGCAGCCAAUGCUAAACCAAACCAGGGUCAAGACGCACUUUCCAUUGUGAAUAGCCUCAUGAAACAAAAGAAAACAGAAAUAACGGAGAAACUCCGGCAUGAAAUAAACAAAGUUGUGAACAAAUACAUUGACCAAGGCGUUGCUGAGUUGGUCCCCGGCGUUUUGUUCAUUGACGAGGUCCAUAUGUUAGACAUAGAGUGUUUUACAUUUCUAAAUAAGGCCCUGGAAUCCACUCUGGCUCCUGUGGUAAUAUUUGCCACCAACAGGGGCAGUUGCCGCAUCAGAGGGACGGAUGUGCGCUCCCCGCACGGCAUCCCGACUGAUCUUCUCGACCGGUUGCUGAUAGUGCGCACCAGCAAUUACAGCAUUGAGGAGGUGGUGGCCAUUGUGGACAUUCGCGCGCGAGUGGAAGGUGUCAGCGUAUCGGAUGCGGCUUUGGAGCUUCUCGGUCAAAUCGGCGACCGGACGUCACUUCGUUACGUCGCGCAGCUGUUGACACCAGCGCUUAUUAUCGCAGAAACCAACGGGCGAUCCACCAUUGAAGUGGAGGAUGUGACUUUAGUUGAUGGCCUUUUCAAGGACGCAAAGGCCUCGGCGCAGAUGCUCCACGAGAACGCAGAGGAUUACGUCUACCAAUAG